GACGGCCCCUGGAGAAUGUUCGUACGCGGGGCAGGUGGGGCGACCGGCGGUGGUACCCCGUUGCGGGGUUCUGGGCAACGAAAUAUCGCGGGGAAACGGGCGAGGCUGCUAAGACGAAAGAGGAAGAAGCAACGGCUGACGAAGAGCGAGAGAAAGAUGAUCGGAGAGAGGAAAAGAAGGCACGAGACCGAGAAGAGAGACGCGGUAGCGAAGGUGGCGGUGGAGGAGGAGGUAGAGCAGCGAGAAGUAUCGGUGGGGUAUGUGGAGGGGUUAGGAGGAGAGGGAGGAGGGCUGGUUGUACCCGCGGAUGAUCCCCAGGUUGAGUCGCGCUGGGUUCAACGUCCUGGCGGGCAGCGCACCCGAGAGCCGAGGCAGGCAGCCGAGCAGCCACCAGACCUCUCUAUACACGCAUACACGCCACGUACUUCCGGCCGAACGUGUUCGGAGGCCGCCGAAGCUGAGGAGCCUCGAGUUGAGUCGAGGUCGACGUCCGGACGCAACAAGUGCUGCUGCGACUCUCGUUGCGCCCGCGAUCCUCUUCGAUAUCGUACCGAGUUUUUCAACGAUACCGAUUCUCCUUGAAACCGCCGAAACAUCUACGAUCUGUUCCUCUCACAACUCGAACCUAAACGCUCGCCAAGUUCAAAAGUACCGAUUCACCGCCGUCCGUGACUUUGUCACUUCCUUACGAUAUCCACGACCAGGGAUCCUUCGCCGAGAUUUCCACAUUCCGUUCGAAUCUCGCGAUCCCCGGACGUGAACCGGAAGUCAAAGGGCCUCGACGAGGUUACGCAGCGAUGCGCCGUGCAAAAUUUUCGGUCUAGAAGACGGUCAAUCCGGCGCGGAGCCUCGAGUUGAGUCCGAGGUCGACGCCCGGGCGCAACAAGUGCUGCAUUACGUACGUAUACGCUGUUACACCCCACUCCACUUACUCAUACAGCCCAACGACCAACCUCUCUCCACCCCCUUGUGGAAGAAGCCCUCUCCCUCUCGUUCUCUCUCUUUCCGCCUUUCCGUGUGUGCCGAGGCUUUCCACACGAUGUCGUGCGCGCGAGAGAGCAUCGCCAAGCACACGAGAGAGCCCUACACACCGACACGCCGCUCUCGGCGCACUCGGGACCGAGAGAUGCGAACGAGCGCCGGAGAAAGAACGAAAGAGAAAGACGGUGAAUGCCGCGGCGAGUGACGGCAGCGGCAGAGGCGCGCGCCCGUGCCUCCUCCUCUCUCGCGCACUAGCGUCGCCUGUAAAUAUAAAACUGCACUGGGUCAGGGAUCCGUGAUUUAUCGGCUGCCUCGUGUAAUUGGCUGCCGGCCAAUAGAUACAUACCCCCCGGGCUACCCGCUGCGACACGAAGGGAACGCGCCUACCUCUCUGUCCACGCUGACUAACCCCACCAACCCCUCCUGUCCUUCUUCCCUCUUUCCCUUGUGCUUUCUAUGCCGCGCCGCUCUUCCCCCGUCUCUCCCCCGUUUUCUGCCUCUUUCGCCUCACCCUGAGCCUCCCUGGCGGCCAUGGGAAGAUAGCGGUGCCGAAAUUUCGUCGCGGUGCUCACCUCGGUAACCGCGCCACUUUCACUGAAAAUCUAAGCCGACCUCGCUUGGCACCGUGUCAGAAUCACGGUUAAGAAGCGACGCGGGCUUCGGUCAAGUUUCGACCGGGCGUACAACGCCACUCGACAUACAUACAUACUCGAUACUCGUCUGAUGUAAUACCAGAGCUGUUCAUUUCCAAGUACCCCGCGUGCCAUUUCAAAUUUCAAAAUUACUAACUAACGCUUCUCUGUUACGUCCUUAGCGAUAAGAAUUUGCGAUGCAUAACGUAAUAAUAGUUCAGAGGGACCGAGAUCUCUAUUUGUCUUAAAAAUCCGUCAUAAUAAUAGCGCUAACGAUAAUUUUCUAAUCAGCCCCUUUCACGAUGCUCCAACGCGAAACAAAAGAAAAAAAGAAAAAAAAGGAAAAAAAAUAGCGCAUCCGAUAACCCCGUACACGCGUCGAUCAUCGCCGGAAGGCUUCCGCGAUUGCGAAACAUUUCGGGACCUUCUACCGCGGAUUCCACGAUGCGUUUGCACAAUACGUACCCGGGGGAAGGUCUCGGCGAAUGCUUCGUGACACUAGGUAUGACGCGGUGAUGCGGAGGCACGCGAUAAAAGGACCGAGUCGCGAGCAAGGAAACAAUGAAGACCGAGGGGGCUUCCACGAGACGCACUUUCGCGGAGGUCAAAUUCCACGCAACUACGCGCGCGCCUCGCGAAGGCAUACCGACGACCUUCGUGGUAUUUGCCGGUUCGUAAAUAAAGCGUGCCAAUAUCUUGGAAUAUAGAGUCCACUGUCGGCGUCGUUUGUUCGCGCUAUUAGUAACAACCGACCUAGAUGGGGAACUAAGAAAAAAAAAAAAGAAAAAACAUGGCUGAAUGAUUCAUUCGAGAGCAUCUCGCAAAUAUGGAACAAACUACCUCAACAGUGACUCUUACGAUGAAACCGCGCACCGUAUCACUUCCCUUCCGAGCGAUCGAUCCAACGAGACGCGUAAGACUUAUUUUUCCCAAAGAUACCGCAGAGACGUAGUAUACGUGUGAAUAGC